AGCUGAUUGAAAACAACAAUACAGACUCAAAAUAAACAUCAAAAGCUUCCUUCUCUUUUGUUUAUUGCUCAUUUGAAAAUUUGCGGUCCGUUGAAGAAAACACUAUGUUGAAGCGCAAGCUAAAUCAGCAGAAAGAUAAUCUGGAGGAUGAGCAACCCAAAAAGUCAUCCACAAACGAGGGAAAUAUAUCCGAAUUCUUUCUUCAGCCUCUUUGGUCGAAAUUUUAUAUGAUGGAAGUUAAAUUAAACGAGGAACUAGAUAAGUUAACCCCCCCACCCAACAUUACGUGCAUUUACAACCCAAUAGUAUAUGCGUCGCAAUUGCAUUGCGAUUAUUUGCGUUGUUAUUUGGAUGGACCCAAGAAGCUGGUUUUUAUUGGGAUGAACCCAGGACCCAAUGGAAUGGCUCAAACAGGUAUACCCUUUGGCAAUGUGCGCACCGUAAAAGUUUUAAUGCAACUAUCAGGAUCGGUGGGCAAACCUCCAGUCGAACAUCCCAAACGGCCAGUCAUGGGCUUGGAUUGCCGGACUGAAGAGCCGAGUGGUGUUCGUCUGUGGGAAUUGUUUUUGCGGUUAGCUGGAGGCAUACAGACAUUUUCUCAACAAUGCUUUGUGCACAACUUUUGUCCUUUGGCUUUUUUUGAUGAAAAAGGCAAGAAUUUGACACCCAGUGAACUGAAAGGACUUUACAAAAAGCAAAUCCAGGAAUUGUGUUUAAAGGCUUUCGAGGAUCAAUUGAUGUUGCUUAAACCAGAAGUAGUUGUGGCUGUUGGGGAUUAUGUUCACACCGCAUUAAAACAUUCAGGAUACUGCAAAUCGGAUGCCGUUUCUGUACUUCGACUUCCGCAUCCGAGUCCACGAUCCGUUAAUAACACCAAUUGGCCGGAAAAGGCGGAACUGUUUCUAGGGGAGAAUAACCUUGUCCGCUAUUUGCGGAAUGAGGGAUAAAGCAUUUGUGCAUCCGGUAUGCAAUAAUGGUCAUAUAUAUAAAAAUAUAAUUAAGAAUUGGCAAUCCUCCGAAUACUCAGUACAAAUUUACCGACCAAAAGAACAUAGACUACAAUUUACAAUUAUAAUGUGUAUAAUAAAAAUACAGAAAAAUUUGAACUUUAAA